GAGGGGUGACUAUCUUUAUGCUCAUAUAUGUGGAUGACAUUAUUGUUACUAGUUCCUCUGUACAAGCAGUUGAAGCCCUCCUCAGUGAUCUUCGCAUGGACUUUGCACUCAAAGAUCUUGGAUCCCUGCAUUAUUUUCUUGGUAUUGAGGUAACUUCUACUGAUAAUGGUAUUGCUUUAUCUCAAGGGAAAUAUUUGCUUGAUUUGCUUCAACGAGUCAAUAUGAAUGGUUGCAAACCUGCCAGUACUCCUUUGUCUACUUCUGAAAAGUUGUCUUUGUUUGAUGGACAUGCUCUUGGAGAUGGGGAUUCUACCAACUAUCGCAGUGUUGUUGGUGCUUUGCAAUACUUAACUCUUACUAGACCAGAUAUUUGUUUUUCGGUCAACAAGGUAUGUCAAUUCUUGCAUGCUCCAACCUCUGUUCACUGGACGGCAGUCAAGCGUAUACUUCGGUAUUUACAAGGCACUAUCACCCAUGGUCUGCGUAUCUCUAAGUCAGAUUCCAUGUUAGUCAGCGCAUUCUCUGAUGCAGAUUGGGCUGGUUGCCCUGAUGACAGAAAGUCUACUGGUGGUUUUGCUGUUUUUGUUGGUAGUAAUCUUGUGUCUUGGACUGCACGAAAGCAACCUACAGUUUCUCGCUCUAGCACAGAGGCUGAGUACAAAGCACUUGCUAAUGCUACUGCCGAGGUAAUAUGGGUACAGAACCUUUUGACUGAGCUGGGUAUUUCUCAUCCUAAGUCUGCCUCCCUAUGGUGUGAUAAUUUAGGAGCUACAUACUUAUCUGCAAAUCCUAUUUUUCAUGCACGGACAAAGCAUAUUGAAAUUGAUUAUCACUUUGUCCGUGAGAGAGUGGCUCAGAAACUGCUACACAUACGGUUUAUUCCCACUGGUGAUCAAUUUGCUGAUGGCUUUACUAAACCUCUUACUCUUCGCUAGUUGGAAGUUUUUCGUCGCAAUCUCAACUUGGACAAGUUGUGAUUGAGGGGGAGUGUUAGACAUUGUAUUACGUAUACACAUGGUAUAUGUAUAAACCAUGUGUAUUACGAUUGUAGGCGUGCGUGUGUGGUUUAAACUAGGAA